CAAGCCAGUCCGCAUUGUCGAAAAUGGAUUAUGUAGGUUUCGGUUGCGGAUGAACACGUUGAAACCGAUCUAAGCCUAUAUUCGCCAAGUAAAUGAUGCGCGAAUAAGGAUGUGCAGAAUGCUUGCAGGAACUCCAGCCGUUAUUUAAUGAAAGCAGAAGUCUGUCAGUAGGUGUUUUAAAGGUUUUGGGCACUCACAUGACUUCCAGGGAGGCAGCCAAGAUGGGGGACAUCUUGGCAACUGAAGCCGAUCUGCUUGGGAUGAUCAAGGAGUACCUUAAGUUUGAGGACUUUGAGGAGACUGUUCACAGUUUCGAUAAGGAAUGCAAAAACAAAGGCAAGCUCGUCUCAAAGCCUCAAGGAAGUUCUCUCAGAGACUCAAAGAUCUUUGUCAUUCAGAAAGACCUCCUUAGCUCUUUUGAUGACGGAGACCACAAAGUGUUCUUUGAACUGUGGGCAGACAAUGUCCCCUCUGAGGUAAAAGAUACAGACGCCGAGGCCCAGAGCCUUGAGUUCUACCUUCACAUCCACUUCACCAUCUACCCACUGAGAAGGCACCCUGGUAGACACGAUCGGGGUGAGUUUGAGGAGAGGAUUUCCCACUUCAAGCAGUACCUGGAGACCCGGGGGGCAGCACUGAGCCAGACCACAAAGUUUUUACCUUACUAUGCCUUGCCUUUCGUUCCGAACCCCACUGUCCACCCCUCCUUCAAAGACCUUUUCCAGGAUACCUGGGUUCCGCAGUUGAAGGAUAAGCUGGAGCAGUUUCUGUCAGUGACACUGAAGCCGCCCAACACCCCAAGGCUACUGAAUUUAUAUAAGGAGGGAGGAAGGAAUACUAAAGAGGCCAUGCAACAGUUGCAGCUCCAGCUGGUCGAGUCGGACCGCCGCGUUGUUAGCUACGUGCGGAAGUUCAACAAGAUGCAGGCCGACUACCACAACCUGAUUGGAAUCACUGCUGAGCUGGUUGACUCGUUGGAGGCCACCGUCAGGGGAAAAAUGAUCUCCCCUGAGUACCUGCAGAGUGUGUGUGUUCGCCUGUUCAGCAGCCAGAUGAGGCAGAGCGUGGUGCAGAGCACCGACUUCACCAGACCUGGCACUGGAUAUUACUCUAUGAGUCCCUAUGAUGAUGGCUAUGCCUCCUCGAUGCUACGCGCCUCUAUUGCGCCGCAGAGAUCCAAGGAGGUGCCAGUGCUGCCCUCACUGGACUAUGAGAAGCUAAAGAAAGACCUGGUUGAAGGCCCCGACAGACUCAGGUCCCUGCUGCUUCAGGCGCUGCGCUGGAGACUGACUCGCUCCCUCCCUGGUGAACAGAGAGACACAGUGCUUCAGGCCUACAUCAGCAACGACCUGCUGGAGCGAUACAGCACUAAACAGAAAACCAUGCUUCAUUUACUGAGAUCGAAGAACGAGAUUGUCCGCCAGUACACGGCUCGUCUCAUCAAUGCAUUCGCUUCCCUUGCAGAGGGUCGGGUUUACCUCUCCCAAAUCCCCAUUCUUCUGAAACUUCUGACGGAGGCACUCAGGACGGAGGAAAAAGACUCCCUGACUAGAGAGAAUGUGCUAGUUGCCCUGCAGAAACUCAGCCUCAGGAGGAGCCAGCAGACUGCCAUGAUAGCAGAUGAUCUGAUCGGCUGGCUGGUGGAUGAGCUGCAGGAUUCAGACUGUCUGAGCGACUACACCCUAGAGUACUCUGCAGCUCUGCUCAUGAACCUGUGCCUGCGAACGAAAGGAAAAAGGAAGUGUGCAGAGAACGCCAAGCACGUGCUAAAGGUUCUGACUGACCUCCUUGGACAUGAGAACCAUGAGAUUCGGCCAUAUGUGAACGGAGCCCUGUACAGCAUCCUGUGUAUUCCCUCUGUGAGACAGGAAGCCAAAGAGAUGAGUGUAGAGGAGAUUCUCGGCUGCUACAGCAAGGAGGAGAACCCAGACCUCAACAGACAGAUCGAGUUCAUCGUUAAGCAGCUGAACUCAGCUGAUGAAGAGGGGCCAGAGUCAGAUGACGAAGAAGAAGAGGAUGACAACGAUGAGGAUUUAAUGGAGACAGACCUUGAUACAGAGGAAGUCCUCCAACCACAGCCCAGGGAGCUGUCUGGGGAGAGUCUGCUCACCACCGAGUACCUUGGAAUUAUGACCAACAUGGCAAAAGUGAAGAGGAAGUCAACCCCUCUGCCGCAGCCAAGUGUUGAUGAGCCCCUACAACGACCGGUCACACCAAGUUGCCAUCGUAAUAUCAGCGCGGCGGAUUUUCGAUCCGGUAGUCAGGGGGACAGGGAAUACCCUCUGAGCAGGCAGAAGAGCGAGGAAGGAAGUCUGCCUCCUUCCCGACACAACUCCCGACCUCCUACACGCUCCGGCAGUCGUCCCAGCACUGCUGACUCGCUGCGUCACAGCAUCAACUCAGAGUGUGGCCGAUUGUCCCAGGGGUCCGAGCUGGACGGGCCAUAUGAAGGGCGGGCCAGAGAAGGACGUUCCCAGGAGGAACACAAUGGACACUCUGCCAGUGGCGAGUACGUCCCUGCAUUUGCAAGCCAGCCCAAGAUUCCCCGUACACCCGACACAGCAGCCAGCCGGAGCAGUGCUCACCAGGGUCGCGGCCUGACUCUGGCACCCCAGUUUUCCCAGUCGGAGCCACAGCAGAGCAGCCGGCCAGGCUCUGCCAGCUCCGCAGGAGGAGGGGCACGACAGAGUGGAAGCAGCCAGUCGAAGAGGAGGUGAAGAGGGGGCUGUCACCAUGGAGGAGCGCUAUCUCCCCGGGAGCAUCAGGCUUCCUGUAACAUCAUCCCCCCAGGUUGUGAUCAGGGUCAGGGCAACAGAGAUGGUUGAGGAUCAGCGGGAGGAGGAGGAGGAGGGGCUGGAACAAUGUGAAGGAUUGUGGUUCUGCCCCCCCCUCUUCUUCAGCACAGACUCCUUCUGUAACAUGAUAUGAGGUCAGACAAUAGUCACAACCCCCAGGUGAUAGCACACAUAAAUACGUGCAACAUCCUCCAGUCAUGACAAAAUUCGUCCAGAACAAGAAGCAAGUAUUCUACUGUUUCAGAAGUGUAGCUCUGAGAUGGGGCAGUACAGGAGAUAAUGUUUGAUCACCUUUCUCUGUAUACAUACUGGUUUUACUAGUUUUCUGACAUCAGCACAUUCCUUUCCAUUUGCUUUACAUCAGCAGGGAUAAACAGUCCCAGAGAAGCGUCCUUUUGUUCAUAAAUCCUCGGUAUCUGACGUCUGAAUACGAGUGUACAGACGUGAGCACAGGACGGUUUCACCUGCUUUUAACUACACGUGAGCUGUAGAGCUGUUUAGGAAAGGCGACAUCACAAGGCUUACAGAUAAAAUGUUCUGUGAUUAUCAAGACUUUUUUGUGAUUGAUUGUACAGAUAUUUUAAAAAAAGUGUGAGACAAUAGCAAAUUCUCAUCUUGACUGUAUAAAUCUAUAAUCUUGUGAGUGUCAGUGCGUACUGUAUAUAUUGAUUUUUGACCCGCGUGGAAAAAAUCCGUCCACAUAAAUAAAUGAUUGCACCAGCUUUAUUUAGAAUGUAAAACAUUAUCUCAUAUCAGAGUAGCUGCUCAUGUUUAGCUUAAAGAAAUGUUUACAGGGACAGACACAGGUUCUGGCAUGAGUUGUCAGGCUAGUGCAUGUUUGAAAAGAAUAUAAAGAACUGCUUAUUGCCAUGAAUAUACACUACCAUCCAUACAACUUGAAUUUGUGUGAACCUCUUAAAUCCAGCAGUGGUUGCAUCGUGCAUUCGCACAGUUUUCCAGGUGUUGUCAUAUACAAUUAUUUAUGUGAUCUGCUACGUUUUUGUUGUAAUGCAAUUUGAUAGUAAUUGAUUUUGAUACUUUUUAAGUGGUUUUAAAUAAAUGUGUGAC